CCCCAUCCAUUUAAAAUUUCCUUAAUACAUCAAAUACAAUGUCAGUCCUUGAACAAGUUUGCGGUGGACCUGAGCCGAAAUGGAAGGCAGAAAGGAGCAUCUUCGAGCUGCCGGAACAUAAACUGAUCACCUCGCAGGAAUGCAUGCAACUGAAGCGUGAGCUGGAAGCCGAGAGGCCAGAUGAGUUCGAGGUUAGUCCCAUGAUCCUGUGCCUUAUGCUGACCUUGUUGCUUUUCCUGAUCGGCUUCUGGAUUUGGUUAAUAUCGCGUAGCUGCCUCUUUUCGCAACCAGAGCCGGUUGCUUUUAAGAGCAGGGAAGUACGUCGCGUUCCAGGAGGUUCAACUCCAAAAUGCAAAAGCCAAAAAAUUAGUUACUUUGAUGAACUGGCGGACUGGGAUGGUAAUCCAUUGAACUAUAGCGGUUCCAAUCAAGGUAUUCCAAAGGCUAACUUCUGUCAUUUAAUGAAUUUGAGCAGAAAGUCGGCUGUUUCCGUUGCUCCAGUCUUGGAAACGGAGGGCGAAUCAACACAAAGAGCCACCGAAUCUGUACAAAAAACUGAUAGCAAGGAAUCGGUUCUCUCAACCAGUCACGCUUUGGCAGGAUCAGCCCUCUGCAGUCCAAAAAGGAAAUACAGGAUCAAGUGGUCCAACUUUAUUAGGCGCAAUCGAAAAAAACAAUCCGAAACUGAAAGCCCACAAUGAUUAGUUGUUGGAAAAAGAAGUUCAGAUUAGCCUUAAUUAAAUUACUAAUUUAAUUUACAGAAAUUCCUUUUCUUUUCGACUGAAAUAAAGCAAGCUUGGGAAAAAUGAAAUGUAAAGAUUAAUGUAUUUGUACUUUCACAAUAUAUAUAUUCACCGGUGUAAUAAGAAUGAA